AUGAUCAAAUCCCUUAUUUCGAAGUUUGGUCGUGCUCGUGGCGGCAUAAAUUUCUCUCCAGGAGUGAAGUGUACUGAAUUCGAUCAAAAGGGAAAUCCUUUUGGAAUAGGUGGACUGUCUCAGAAGCUGAACAAAGGGAAGAGGAAGAUAAGCUAUGAAGACACUACUCCUCCACCUGAACUAGCAGAGAUGCAAGAGGACCUUAAAUCUGCUCGUCUUAAGCUAGCUGAGCAUGACGAGGAGAAUAAGCGACGUGAUGAGGAGAUAAAGGAGCUAAGGGAAAGUCAUGCUCGAGUCUCUGAACUGGAGAAGCUCCUCUCGUUUCUGAAGAAGGACAAUCCACAGAUCGCCGCAUACAUGGAUGAAGACUCAAGUGAUGAACCCCCUCCUGCCAAUGACAACAAUUGA